GCUUGACGGUGGAUGACUGUCCAUAGGAUCUAAUAUUCCGUACAAUUUCGAAAGCUCACGUCAUUCUAGCUCAGGUUUUUCAUGGCAGUAGAUCAGUUUCACAUUGGUUAACCCUUUUCCGUUGAUCUAACAAGAAGUUUAAAAUGUUGAUUGUAUAUCUUGCGGCACUCUUGAUGGCAUUGCAGCCAACAACCUCAACGAAUAUAACACAUGAAGAGGAAGGAAACAUUGUGAUUGGAAUUGUGAUAGUGCAUGAAAAGGAACAACCAGACAUUCCAACGAUGGUUGCUGAUGCGAUUAAAAAACUGUCACCCAAAGUUAAAGGAUUCACGAUAAAAGAUUACUACGUUGAAUACGAUCGUGAACGUUUACAGUUUGGUGGUGCCGAACAGUUUUGUGCUGCUCUCUCUCAAGAAGUUUCUGUUCUGCUGGAUGUAACGUGGAUCGAUUCGCAAUAUAUCUCAAGUGCUGCGGAAGAAUUCGGUAUUCCUUACUUUCACAUCGAUCUAUCCAUACAAACGUAUGUAAAGCUGAUGGAAAACUUCUUACUAGCGCGUGCAGGCAACGAUGUAGUUUACAUACUGCCAAACCUUCGGGAUGUGGAUGCCGCGAUUUAUCUACUCAUAUCGGAUUCAUAUCUUCGAGCGAUCACCUUCGGGGAACUUGAUGAGGAUACGGUGGGUAGAAUAAAAGAUCUUCGCCCCUAUCCAUCCUUUUACGCAGUAGUAGCAGGAACGAUGGAGAUUAAUGCCAUCCUUCACAAAGCCAUCGACGGUGGACUGGUGCGUAAACCGGAAAAGUGGAAUUUGCUGUUCACCGAUUUGCAGACCGACAAAUAUGCACAUGUGGACACUUUUCCAGAAAUGCAUCGUUUACUUCUGGACAGCAACACCUGCUGCAUUCUUUUGCGACAUCUUCCUCCGUGUAUUUGUCCCGACAAUUUCGAUCCAAUAAGCGUGCAUCUAGAGAAUGUGUUGGAAGUAGUUGUGGGAUGGUCCAUUGAUGGUGCAAUACCUAUGGUACGCGCAUUCAAUUGUACGCCGGAAUUAGACCAAGAACUCGUCGCACGUGUAACCACCGCCCGGGAAGAACUGAUGAACCAGAUGGCCUUGAUGGCGCAAUUUUGGAUUGUGCAAGAAAAUGGUCUGAUACGUCCCAAUCUUAAUCUCUCGAUUAUCAGCUCACCCACAGAACAGACCAUUGGAAGUGUGGUACAAGGCCAGAUAGUACUAGCGAAAAACGACACGCUACCAAAUAGCAAACGAUUUUUCCGCGUCGGUACGACAGAAUCUAUACCAUGGGCAUAUCGUAAGCGUGAUCCGGCUGGCAAGAUCCUGCGCAAUCCGGCUUCCGGCGAACCAAUUUGGGAAGGGUACUGUAUCGAUUUCCUGCAUCAGCUGUCUGUGGUUAUGAACUUUGACUACGACCUCGUUUCCCCACGGAACGGUACCUUCGGGCUGCGCGACGCUGAUGGCAAAUGGGAUGGUCUUGUAGGCGAUUUGGUAGUGGGUGAGAUUGAUUUUGCCAUUGCCUCGCUUAAGAUGACCGCCGAGCGGGAGGAAGUGGUUGAUUUCGUUGCGCCGUACUUCGAACAGACGGGCAUUCUGAUAGCAAUGCGCAAACCGGUCCGUGAAACGUCGUUGUUCAAGUUUAUGACCGUGCUGCGGCUCGAGGUAUGGUUGAGCAUUUUGCUGGCGAUCGUUGCAACUGCCGUCAUGUUAUGGCUGCUGGAUAAAUUUUCCCCGUACAGUGCGAAAAACAACAAGGAUGCUUAUCCAUACGAAUGCAGAAAUUUUACGCUUAAAGAAAGCUUCUGGUUUGCGUUGACCUCCUUCACCCCGCAGGGUGGUGGUGAGGCACCGAAAGCUCUCUCUGGCAGAACGCUAGUCGCCGCCUACUGGCUCUUUGUGGUGCUCAUGCUAGCUACCUUUACUGCCAAUCUGGCCGCCUUUCUCACGGUCGAACGGAUGCAAACACCGGUACAAUCGUUGGAGCAGCUAUCGCGCCAAAGCCGAAUCAAGUACACCGUCGUGAAAGAUUCCGAUACGCAUGACUACUUCCGGAACAUGAAAAACGCCGAAGAUGUACUGUACCAAAUGUGGCGCAACUUAACCUUGUCUAGUGGCAAUGAUCAAGCACAGUACCGCGUUUGGGAUUACCCGAUUAAGGAGCAGUACAUCAAUAUCCUUUCUGCAAUUGAAUCGGCCGACCCCGUAGUAACAGCGGCUGACGGUUUUCGGCGCGUCAACGAACAUCUCGAUGCUGACUUUGCGUUCAUACACGAUUCGGCCGAAAUACGAUACGAAAUAUCGCGCAACUGUAAUUUCACUGAGGUUGGUGAGGUGUUUGCCGAGCAGCCGUACGGGAUAGCGGUGCAGCAGGGUAGCCAUCUGCAGGACGAGUUAAGCUACUUCAUACUGGAGCUGCAAAAGGAGCGCUACUUUGAGUCGCUUACGGCUAAGUUUUGGAACAAUAGUGCCCGUAGCCAGUGUCCCAAUACCGACGACAGCGAAGGUAUCACCUUGGAAAGCUUGGGUGGCGUAUUCAUAGCGACGUUGGUCGGAUUAGCACUGGCAAUGGUCACACUACUGGGCGAAGUAAUUUACUAUCGACGCAAGGAGAAUAGCCGAAACUUUAUAAAGGUAGCUCCUUUUGCUAAUGUAGACACCAAACCGAUAGAACGGCACGACAAGCGCUUUGCACUGAAGGAAAAAUCGAUCGCCGCGGUAAAACAUCUGCUUGAUUUAGACACCCCGCCAGGUAAGGUUCGCGGGGGUACAAUGAAAAUCAACACGAAAAAAGAGAAACCAAUACCGAAAGAAAUUACGAUCGGCAGUAAGUUUGUAUCUGCGGCAGAGAGGCAGCAAAAGCUGUCCUACAUUGCCAUCAUGCCCAGGAAUCCUAUACAUUAGCGAAAUUUUGGAGCACAGUAAGUGGUAGAGAAUUGAGUUGACUACUAACAGCAGCAGUUCGUAGAUCAGGUAUUAAACUAGAAACCGCACAACUUAGAUCAAUAAAAAUUUUCUCAUCGCACUUAAAUUCGCCUAAACCUUCCAUUGGAAAUGAAAAGCCAUCAAAUAUUCCUAAUGAUACACAGAACAAUCAGUUUUGAACGGUCGUGGGCAUUUUUAAAGUGCGUUUCAUUUAGUAAAAUGAUUAAAACCAACUUAUGCUAUUCGAUGCAGUAACCAGUAGACCACCAGUUUGGUAUGUUGGGUAAAUUCAAACGUAUGUAGUAGCUUCCAUCCUAACAAGGACCAUAUUGAGAGCCACGUACGCAUCGUUACUCCGAUUGUAGUUUUGAUAAUUUGCAUCUGGCCACGUAUCACACGAACCCUUACUUAGCAGAUGGAAAGAUGCUCUAUUGAUGAAGAGAGGAGAACUUUAGCUAUCCACAGCCAUAUAAUGCUUCGCCUUAUUCCAGCUAAUCCCAGAAAAAUCUUACCAAUUGUUAUGGAGCACCCAUGGAGAGUGGUGGCACUAUUUUUAAACCAUGUUCGCCAUACCAAUUAUGUCAAAGGAUGGAGGUAGUAUGAACGAGUUGCUCAUUUAUUCUGACAUUUGGGCAGGCAAAUGAGUGUUUGAUGGCGGUGGGUGUCUGGUAUGGUAGCCAGCGUCCAGCGUGUAUUGUCGUGACCAAAGAAGAGUACGACGAUGAAAUAAACCAUACGCUUGAUAGACUCGUGGCGUCUGUACGCCAAGAUGCAUAUAGUUUAUGUGUAUUUCCUCUAUAGCCAAAGCCAUUCUCGCAUUUCAAGCUAUCAGCUUCAUUAAGGCAAAUGGUUUGAAAGCUUCACUUAGUGAUAGAUAAAUGGUGUCGAUUCCUUACGUGACCGGUUUUGGCUACCCACUUACGAUAUAGUACGCACACCGGAACAUGAUAAUGCCGCUGUGCCGGACGACACCAUUUUUCCGAAACUACCACAUUCGAUUCUUGUAACUUGUUUAUACAAAUACCUACCACCAUACAGGAAACCGUCACGAUGAGGGCUCUUUCUUUGAUUGAUUUUUUUUGUUUUAAUUUUUCAAACAUUUGCUUCGCAACGACGUUUGGCUCUCUAGCAGCAGCAAAGUGUUUCUUGGUUUAGCUGCGCAAUGUAAACAGUCCCUCACCAGCCCGGGGUAAAAUAACGAUACAGAGCUAUAUACAUCGCGUGCAUUCCCCUUCAGGCAACUGCCAUCAUUGUCAAUGAUUGCAUAAUCAUUAAUUCAACUUCAUUACAUUUUCUGACAGCAUGAUUCGUUGUACUGCACCGGGGUCGUGGUGUGGUCGAGCGUAUGGAUUAGAAUGUAGCUGUUUGUGAGAUAUAUAUCACACGACCAUAACUAGAGCGUACACCGCAAGCGUUUGUUGAAGCUCAAUGAAAAAAAAUGUGUGAUUUUUUUUUGUUUUUGGAAAACAAAUUCAUUUGGACGCAGCAAAAGCGUAUUUUUUUCUAAAUUUAUUAAAAGCUUCCCAAACGAAAAUGACGAGUCGCCAAAUGUGGUGAAAUUGUUCACCCUUGACACUAAUGGCAAAAUAAGUUCCAAUGUAUGAUUCCUAUUUUUUUCCUGCUCUCUUCAUCGAUUAAUUGCAGAAAGGGCCAGCCAUCAAUCCCGAAUUAAACGCACACCAAAGUGUUUAAUACUUCCGGAAGAUAUGCUACAAACAUGCAUUCGAAAAGCGAACGCAUAUCGGAAGUAGCUUUAGAGCUUAAUCUGAUAAAUUCUCCAUAAUUCGCCGCGGGUCGACAUCCCGAACCGACAUCGCAUCAUAUAACGGCAUACUAUUCUGUCCUUGUAUGUGUGCAUAUGUAGAACAUCUCGCCAGGAUACGGACAUCGAAUACGCAAUGGAUCACUGUUGUGCCGAGAAGCAAUUGAACACAAAGGUUUAUCCGUUUUUCUGUGAUAUUCGCUAACAAUCCAUUUCGCUAUGAUGUAGAAUACAUCAUAAGGUGCAUUGUACGGAAAUUUGGCAUAUUAUUGCAACUAACUCAUUUAGGUUGGCAUCGGUAGCUAUGAAGAAACCGAUGGCAUUUUGCCAGCCUCCUAAAAUGGUUGGUGUAUCGCACACACUCAGGACGGCUAGGGUGACAGAUUUUCAUCAAUUUAAAAGGCAUAGAUAGUGGGAACACAGCAGUAGAGUUGAAAGAUUUGCCGCUAACAACAUAAUAAUUAACGGACAAAACUGCAAAUCACCUUAAGCUGUAACA